UCAACCAUUAGGGGCUGGACUUUCCUCUCCAGAAUCAGCAUUGCUUGCAGAAUCAGCAGUGUUUGAUUACUAGUCUGCAGACUGCAACCAUGGUGUGCGGAACGAGGUUUGGGACUUUGGUGAUUCUUUUGACAGUUGCCCAGUCUCUGACAAAUGCAGCAAGACAAACUGUAGACCAGGAACUGUCAACCAUUCUGGAGGAGCUGUGGAAGUUGGAUAAGAACCGCUUCACAGCAGGAACUGAUUACACCAUCUCUCUACAGGGGAAAGCAGGCUAUGUCACCCAAGGAAGCACCUAUGCAAGAGACUAUGCCUCCAAGCCUCUAUUCUCCUAUGUGGACGAGGUCAAGCUCGAGAACAUCACCACUUAUUCCACCUUUAUGAAGCUGCUGGACAACUAUGAGCUGGCCACGGGCACUGCAGAGAGCGUCACAGCAGAGGAGGUCAAGGAAAACAACGCCUUCCUGGACGCCAUCCUGGAGACGGAGGUCAUGAAGAAAGCACACACGUACCUGGUGGGCAAAGGCCAAGCUCGGGUUGACAAGAAGCAGUUCAAGACGGACCUGUACGAAAUCUGGUUCCGGGUCUAUCACAGAGACCGCAAUGGCGGUGCUGACUCCAGUGGAUUUGAACAUGUGUUUGUGGGAGAGACCAAGUUUGGUAGAGAGAUCAUGGGCCUCCACAACUGGGUGCAGUUCUACUUGCAGGAGAAGGCCAAGCAGCUGGACUACAAAGGCUACAAAGCCUCACGCAAUGAUUUGCCUGACGCAGACGACCACGUGGUGAACACCCAGUUCAGCUGGCACGGGCUGAUCAAGCCGGUGGGCAGCGCCUUCGUCGGGGUCAGCCCCGAGUUUGAGGUGGCCAUCUUCACCAUCCUGUUCCUCACGUCCACGCAGAAGUCCACCCAUGCCGUGGUGAACCUGGACGAGUACCAGCUGGAGCUGGUGGUGUACCGGCACGGGCGCUCUAUCGGCACCGCCUACCCCAAGCUGCUGAGCAGCAACAAGAGGCACGUGUAGACCAGACUCGACCAGACUAGACUAGACUAGAGGCGGGCCCUGGAUCUUCUAGUAGCACAUACCGGGAUCUUAGAGCCCUUACCCAAACCAGCUGUGGGCUGUGGUCUAUUUGUACUGAGGUUCCAUGUAAAUGCUCUCUUUACCAUGUUUUUUUUCUUAAAGGUUGGUAGGCCUACAUUUAAAAAGAUGUUUUAAAUGAGUACCUGUCCUAUUAAAGUCUCUCGUAAGCUUGGAAUGAUUGGUUCAAUAGGUCAAUCACUUACUGUAUCUCAGCUUGCUGCGGUCUGUUGAUUUUCACCACCAGCACGCACUGAUAAUCUUUUGCUCUGAAAUUGAUUUGCUCUGAAAUUGAUGAAAAAUGGCAUAUUCUUUGGAUGGUCAGAAGAAAAUAAUGACUUCUAUUUUCUGCUUGAAACAUUGUAAGACAGCAUCCUGCAUUUGUGUGGUAUUUCAUUAAAUAAAGUCUUUUCCAAUAA